CCCUGGGAACUCAGAAAGCAGAAGGAAACAGUGCAGUGGCAGCCUCUGGCCCCGCACCAGCCUGCCUGGAUUCCAGUCCUGGUUUUGCUGCUUCCGCAGGAAGCUGUUCGAGCUCCGGUUUCCCAAUCCAUAAGGAUAAUGGCAGGUCCCACCGCACAGCACAGCCACAAGGAUCAGACGCGCUAACUCGGCACCGUCCAGUGCGGCAAUUGCUCCUUAUGUCUCCCACUGUGCUAGGACUGCCUCACACUGAAUGGCUUAAAGGACGGCAUUUGAAUCUCUCACAGUUCUGGGGGCCAGAAGUCCAAAGUCAAGGUGCCGGCAGGGUUACUUCCUUCUAAGGCCUGUGAGGAAGAACCUCAUCUCCCCUCUAGCUCCUGACAGCUUGGUGGCAAUCUGUGGCUCUCCUUGACUAGCAAAAGCAUCACCCCCAUCUCUGCUUUCACCUUCGCAUGGUGCAUCCAAAUGGCCCCCACUCCAACGUGACCUCUACCUACACCUGCAGUGACCCUAUUUCCAGGGCAAGGGCACAUUCUGAGUUCCGGGAGAAUGUCCAGGACCUGCUGCCCGCCUUGCCUAAAGCCGAUGACUACUUCCUCCUGCGCUGGCUCCGAGCUCGGAACUUUGACCUACAGAAAUCCGAGAACAUGCUCCGGAAGCAUGUGGAGUUCCGGAAGCAGCAAGACCUGGACAACAUCCUCUCCUGGGAGCCACAGGAGGUGCUUCAGCUCUAUGACUCAGGAGGUCUAUGUGGCUACGACUAUGAAGGCUGCCCCGUGUGGUUCAACAUCAUCGGGACCCUUGACCCCAAAGGUCUCCUCCUGUCGGCCUCCAAGCAGCAGCUGAUUCGGAAUCGCAUCAAGGCCUGUGAGCUGCUUUUGCAUGAGUGUGAGCUGCAGAGUCAGAGGCUGGGAAGGAAGAUUGAGGUGGUGCUGAUGGUGUUUGACGUAGAGGGCCUGAGCCUGAAACACCUGUGGAAGCCAGCUGUGGAGGUCUACCAGCAGUUUUUUGCCAUACUGGAAGAAAAUUAUCCUGAGAUGCUGAAGACUUUAAUUAUCAUUCGAGCCUCCAAACUGUUCCCUGUGGCCUUCAACUUGGUCAAGUCAUUCAUGAGUGAGGAGACACGCAGUAAAAUAGUGAUUCUGGGAGACACCUGGAAGCAGGAGCUCACCAAGUUCAUCAGCCCUGACCAGCUGCCUAUGGAGUUUGGGGGGACCAUGACUGACCCUGAUGGCAACCCCAAGUGCUCAACCAAGAUCAAUUACGGAGGUGAGGUGCCCAGGAGCUACUACCUUCGCAACCAGGUGAGGGCACAGUAUGAGCACUCAGAGUCCGUGGGCCGUGGCUCCUCCCUGCAGGUGGAGAAUGAGAUCCUGUUCCCAGGCUGUGUGCUCAGGUGGCAGUUUGCAUCAGAUGGUGGGGAUAUCGGCUUUGGAGUUUUCCUGAAGACCAAGAUGGGGAAGCGGCAGAGGGCUGGGGAGAUGACAGAGGUGCUGCCCAGCCAGCGCUACAACGCCCACCUGGUGCCUGAGGACGGGAGCCUGACCUGUCUCAAGGCUGGCGUCUAUGUCCUGCGCUUUGAUAACACCUACAGCCUGAUGUACACCAAGAAGGUCAGCUACAGUGUGGAGGUGCUGCUCCCUGACAAGGCCUCUGAGGAGAAGUUGCAGAGCCUGAAGGCCACAGGACCCUCCCCAGUGCAAUGAAGACCCUGGCUGCCACCUCUUCAAGCCCUUUGCACCCCACUAGACCCCUGUCUUCCAAGCAGGGUAGGUGCUGAAGAUGGCCACAGAAAGCCACCUACUCUGUGUUACAACUCAGAAAAGGGACAACCAAUGCCUAGGCCACCCUAAGGCCUUAGAUGGGCACCUAAUCUCCUGUUUCCUGAGUAUUUACCAGCAUCCACUGAAGAAGGGUCCUGCAGGAAGAAGCUACCCUUGCAUCCCUCCUGACAAGACUCACCCAUUCUAGGACUUUCCCAUGGCUGGUGUCCCAGCUUGUGGGGGCAGGGAGGGUCUUUGCAUAGACCCCAGGCCCUGCAUGGAGCAGUUUCAGGCCUCCAGAGCCAAGAAGCCCUAUUUUCUGCAGGGUCAGCUGAAAGCGGCUGGGUGGGGAGAUGGGGCAGGGGUGAGGGUCUCAGUUCUACCAGGGUAUCCAGGUCCAUUCAAGCUGCUUGUUAUGUGUUUAGAGGGAAAAUCAGAAAUGGAGAAGUGGGACCUGGCAAGGGUAGCCAUCAGUGACAAAAGCCACACUCAACACAGUUGAGUGGGUAACGAUGCACUCUCCAGGGAAUUCCCAGGGACUUCCCCUCCACACCUGCUGUGAUCCUGCCAACAUGGCUCUUCCUGCACAGGUCAGGAGCAGGGCAGACCUGGAGCCACAGUGCUGUCAUCCAGGGAGUGCAGCCGCCAACCCAGGGAGCCCAUCUGGGCUUUGAGGUGCUUCUUUAAGAACCAUCAAGGUUUUCCUCCAUCUUUAUAUCUUGCCAAGGGGACAGCAGAAGUUUGGCUGACAACACCCCUCAUGUACACCACCCAGCAGCUGGCCAGUGAUGGCCCAGAGGCUGGCCUCCGGGCGCCUGCAGUCAGCACUGCUACUUGCUCUGCUGGGCAGCUGCACCCAACAGAGCAGACCUUGCCUAGGAACAAGCUUGAGCUGGAUGUGACUAUGUGAGUUGACUCCAGGGGACAAUGAAGAGCCUGGGAGUCCAGCCUGCGCUGCCCUGAGAGCCUGGGAGACCAGCCUGCGCUGCCCUGCCUCCUCCCCACCCUGCCCUCUGCCCCAGGCCAGUGGCCACCAGUAUCUCAGAAGACCUGAGCCCACAGCUCAAUAUCAUUGUUCCUGCUGUUUGCCUUUCUGGGUUAAUGUCCCAGAGGGCAAAAGAGUACCAUCCACCCAGGUGAUGUCCCUGAGAGAGGCCAGUCAGAUGUUCCUGUAAAAGGUGUCCUUGUUGCAAAGUGUUGGCUUCCUGAAUGCGCAGGCCCCUCCCAGGGACCAGAAGCCUCAGCAAACACCACCUGCCCAGGUGCUUUACAAGCAAGAAGCCAGGCUCUGGACCCUC